GCGCACUCUGAGUCGUCAGGGUCCACUGUCCAUAUCACAGCUCGAUUCGUAAUGCACAGCGACCAGGGCGGCGCCUGACUAUAAAACCUCUGCCUCACUUAUUCCCGACCUCUGAACAUUCCCACUUCUCCUGUUUCGAGCCGACCAGCCCUGCACGUAUAAACACACUACAGCAAUCAUGCCUUCAGAACUGGAGACAGCCAUGGAGUCGCUCAUCACGGUCUUCCACCGUUACGCCUCCAGGGACGGCCGGAGUGGCACACUCAGUCGGCGGGAGCUCAGAGAGCUGAUGGAGAAUGAGCUGUCCAAUUUCCUUAAGUCUCAGAAGGACCCUGCUGCUGUCGACAAAAUCAUGAAGGACCUGGACACCAAUGGCGACGGCCAAGUGGACUUUGAGGAGUUUGUUUCUCUGGUUGUUGGACUUUCCAUUGCUUGUGAGCAGUGCUAUCAGAUGCACAUGAAGAAGACAGGAAAGAAGUAAAAGUACAACGGCAGAAGAGAAUAGAAGAAACCAAAGAGCAUUUCAGUUUUUUGUAAAGAUAGUUUUGUCCAUUAAAUACACUGAUGAAUUUCAAA